AUGCCUUGUUCCGCAGUCACUCUUUCGUUGGCCACCAUCACGGCCAUCGUGGCCACGGCUUUACUGGCAAUCGCUUUUUCCACCGACAAUUGGGUGUACUACGAAGUCAGAAGGAAUCAAAUACAAAAUGCCGUUACCCAGCGUAGUCAAACUUCAGUACUCGAACAAAUGAAACAACUAUUUCUAUUUUACAAGAACGAAGGGUCUUUUAGAAUAUGCUAUCCAAGGACAGGCCACCAGCAGUUGAAACCUAUUUGA